AUGUAUUUUUCCUGCACCGCUGCGCACACCUGCACGGGAGAUGGUUGCGCCAUGGCUGCCCGGGCCGGCAUUCCACUACAAGACUUGGAGUUUAUACAGUUUCACCCAACAGGCAUGUAUGGGUCUGGAUGUUUAAUGACGGAAGGCUGUCGUGGCGAAGGUGGUUACAUCGUUAAUAGUGAAGGAGAACGGUUUAUGGAACGAUAUGCCCCAAAAGCUAAAGAUUUAGCAAGUCGAGAUGUUGUUUCAAGAUCUAUCGCAACUGAGAUACGACAAGGUCGAGGUGUCGGACCGAAGAAAGAUCACGUAUACCUUCAACUCCAUCAUCUUCCUCCAGAAGUAAUUCGAGAAAGGCUUCCCGGUAUUUCUGAGACGGCAUGGACAUUUACGGGAGCUGAUGUUUACACGCAACCUGUUCCCAUCGUACCAACAGUUCAUUAUACGAUGGGUGGCAUACCAAUUAAUUACAAAGGAGAGGCGUUAAUUCACGAUAAUGGAUGUGACAAGGUUGUUUGUGGUCUUCAUUCUGCCGGGGAAGCUGUAAGCAACUGCCACGGUGCUAACCGGUUGGGAGCAAAUUCUAUACUAGACGUGGUUGUUUUCGGCAAAGCAAUCGGUUUAAACAUAGCUAAAAUAGAUAAUCCAGGUGCAAAACAACCAGAGUUAAAGAAAAGCAUUUUCGACUCCGCCCUUGACAAUCUGAAUAAGGUGCGAAAUUUACGCGGUUCUACAUCUGUACACGAAUUGCGAGAAUUAAUGAGGUCCACUAUGCAAAACAAAUGUGGUGUGUUCAGAGACCAAAAACUACUUAGUGAAGCAAACACCGAGAUACAGAAAUGGUAUAAGAUGUUCGAUGACAUUCGUGUAACAGAUCAACGGCUUAACUGGAAUUCCGAUCUGAUUGAGACUUUGGAACUUCAGAACAUGCUCCAGACUGCUGUUCAAGUUGUAGCUUGUGCUCUCAAUCGUAAGGAGAGUCGCGGCGCCCAUUUUAGAGAUGACUUUCCGAAACGAAUUGAUGAAAUGGAUUAUAGCAAGCCUACUAAGGGACAGACACCGAAACCAAUCAACCAACAUUGGAGGAAACACAGCCUCUCAAAAGUCGAUUUAAAAACUGGGAAAGUCGAUAUAACCUACCGGCGGGUUAUCGAUAAGACAUUGGACAAUGAAGUUGAAACCAUCCCACCAGUACCGAGAGUGUAUUAA